AUGGCAACAGAGGAAGGAGUCGGCAAAGUGAUGCUGAGGCCGAUUGAUGAUGCUGCAACCUCCGUCACGCGCGGCGUCAGCGCCCACGCGGCUGCCAGGGACCCGCUGGGCUUUGCUGCCGCCUUGUGGCCACAGGAAGGGACUGCAGGGAGAGAGGGAGGCAGACCAGUGACGCAGGAUUGGAGAGAGAGGAGGACACGAAGAAGACUUGAGACCCUUGUCUCCAUUUCUUCGGGAGGCUCUUUUGCUGUGGAUGACAUCUUGACUGAAGAUGACGAAGGUGACAAGGUCCCCCUCCAUAAGCUCCAGCGCUUAGGGGGAUCCGUGGAACUGGGAGGCCUCCUGCGCAACCCGCACCUUGGCCACUUGCUCCUCCGGGUGGACGGGGCCGCCGACAAGAGCGCCCUUCUCCGGGAAUCCAUGCAGGAGCCGCUCUUUGCCGAGUUUGCCGACUGCUGCCUGCGGAUUGUGGAGCCACCGCCGGCCGAGGAAGAGCAAGGAGACCCUGUGUUGACGUUUUCCGGUCACAAUUCCUAUCAGUCUUGACCACUGUGCUGGCCGGGACCAAUGGGAGUUGUCGUCCAACCAGUCUUCAUUGUUGAUUGCUGAGAAAAAUGUACAUUUUUUGGAUUUUUCCCCCCCAGCCAUUCCUGGGGACUCUUGGUUCCCACAAAAGGUGAUUAUUUCUGAGAACUCCUACCCAACAUUGGUUGAAAAUGUAUGCCUUUCGUUGAGAAACCUCUUCAUUCCCAGGCACUAUUUCUUAAACCCAGAAAGGGAAAAUACACGUAGAAGCCGCCUGAAUUCUCACUGGUCUGUCCUUACGGCUGAGUUACAACUCGCUGAGCUUGUUUUGAUUCUGUUUCUAUACAAAACGGUGGCAAUCUAGAACCAUUUAGGAAAUGACAUUUAUAACCCAGGAACAAAAGUUGUGUUGCAUAGUGUUAUGCGGGGAUCAUUGCCACCCAAAAAAUGGUGGGGCGACUAUUAUGCGAUGAAAUAUGGGCAAGCUUUUCAAACCCCAUCCCUCUUGUCGAUUUUUCUUUUUUUACUUCUAACUUUCUUAAAAGUUUUUAUUAAAAUGCAUACUUAUAAAA